ACAGAUGCCUCAUGGUUUUCCUCCUGGGUAUCCAAUGUUUCGCAUGCCAACUCCGGAUCAAAAUAAUCCCAAGGUGGACAUAAUAUGCCUUUUAUGCCAGGAUUCCUAUGAUGUUUGACCCUCAGUCAGGACAGUAUUUCCAAGCUCCAGGAUUUCCAGGAAUGCAACUGCCUCCAGAAUCACAUAGACAUUCACCAGGAAAUCAGCGCGGACCUCCUCCACCAUACAAUGGACAACAAUCAACAGAGGUCAAGUCACCCAGAGGUGACCAUAAUGAUGGUGAAGGAAGUCAGGCUGUAGCAGACCAGGAUUUUGAGUAUGAAAAAAUUCAGGCUAAACGUAACAGAGAACAACAGUCCAUGAAUAAUGAAGAAGAGGAACCAGCAGACCCCGAGCCUGAAAACAGGGAACCAUCUGAACCAGAAACGCCCGAGGAGAACCAAACAAAAAUAGUUGUAAGCAAUCUACCAUCAACAGCCCAUGAUGAAUACUUACAGAUGUUUUUUGAGAAUAAACGGAAGUUCAAAGGAUGUGAUGUUUAUAGUGUUGAAAUGGAUGAAGACGGGACAUCAGCCAUUAUUGAGUUUGAGACACCAGAGGCUGUAGAUAUUGUCCUGAGCAAAUGUCCACUAAAGAUGAUGGGACGAGAAGUUGAAAUAUCAAAGUUCGAGCCACCUCCACCGGUUUUAUUAUGCACCGUAGAAGUGACCGGACCGUGUAGUUUGGUAAGCGAAGAUCAUCUUGAGAUGCUAGAAAUGUACUUUGAAAAUUCAAAACGAUCCGGAGGUGGUGACGUUGUUGAUAUUGAGUUUGAUACAGUAAAUAACAUGGUCCUUGUCACAUUUGAAAGUGAAGACGUUGCACAGAAGGUUGCAGAGAAAGGAAGGCAUGUUAUAAAGAAUGAGAAACUCAAUGUUAAAGUGCACAUUCCGUCCAAAAAGUCUAAAAAACCAGAUGACGUGGAAGAGGAAAAGCAAGAGGAGGAGGAGGAAGAGACUAAGCCAUCUAAUACAAUCAAAGUAAAAGGCAUUAACAAAUCUGCAUCGAGAGAUACAGUCGAGUUUUAUUUUGAGAAUUCCCGGCGAUCAGGAGGAGGUGAAAUAGAGACCAUUAAAAGUGAUGACGAGGAUGAAGAUGUCCUUUAUAUCACGUUUAAAUCAACCGAGGUGGCUGAAAGUGUAUUGGAGAGAACUCACAAACUGGAAGGAAAAUCAUUAAAUGUUUCCCUGUAUGUGCCCCCUGUAGCACCUCCAUCGUACGACAAUAAAAUUCUGCUUAAAGGAUUGCAAGCCAGUACAACUCAAGAUUGUUUGUUCAACUUUAUCGAGGCGAAAUCUGGAUGUUUGCCAGAAACAAUGGACUAUCAUUCUGAACAAGAGGAUGUUGCUAUGGUUACCUUUAGUGAAACACCAGACUUUAAAAAAUUGGAGAGUGCCUUUGAUAAAUAUAAACUGGAAGGAGCGUCACUGAAGAUAUGUCCUGUACCAAUAUCAAACUGUAUUAUUGUGGCAAAUCUGGCCUCUGAAGUCACCAAAGACACCAUUGAGUUUUACUUUGAAAACAAAAGAAAGAGUGGUGGUGGACAAGUUGAUAAAGUUGUGAUGAAUGAGGAUGACACGUGUCUUGUAUACUUUUCUGAUUACAUGGUGAUUGAUGACGUGUUAGAAAAAGAACAUACGCUCAGUAAACAGCUGCUUGAUGUAAAGAGAUAUCAGGAAUGCCUUGGUCGUCCUGAGGGAGAAGUAGCAGAAAGAGUAUUACGCAUUCCUGAAGACAUUGUUCUUAAAAAUGUUGAUGCCCAGAAAUUAAAGUUUUUGAAACAUUCCAAAGUUAAUCGUAUGGGAAUAGAAAAACAACUUGACUCUUGUUAUGCUACGAUUGUUUGGCCAGAAGAUGGUGGAGAAGUUAUUAUAAAAUGCACAUUGACAAAUGAGAUCAAAGACUGCUUCAAAUUAAUAAAAACAUGGAAAAACACAGCAGUGGAAAACUUUGAAGACUUUAUGAAACUCAUCAUAGUAAAAAAGGUGCAGAUACUGCAGGAUAUAUGGGGAAAAGUGAUUGAGGAACUACAAAAGUUCAAUAUAGAAAACCCUGAAGCAGUUGCUAUAUUUGUUGAUAAGAAUGAAAGUGUUAUAACAGUGGUCGGAAAUAAGAAUGUUGCUGAAGAUCUUUCAACAAAGAUUGAAAAUAUGACAAGAGAAGUUAUGGCAGAAGUAGAAAAAGAGCGUGAAAAAAUAAAAGAAACCAUCACAACGUUGAAAAAUAUUGAAACUAGAAUGCUUUUAGCUGAUAAAUUUCCCACAGACGUGGAAAAACAGUUCCCAGACCUGAAAGUUAAGAUAAAUCAGAACAAAAAUGAAAUUGUCUUUGAAGGGCCACUAGGGCAGGUUCGAGAUGCUAAAUUGAAGAUGUAUGAAUUGAAGACGCGUUUUGCUGUAGAUCGCUCUGAGAAAAUAUCAGAACUUGCCGCAGGAUUGCUUAUACUGAAACAGACCAAAGAACAUGUGGUAAAAAAGCUUAAAGCUUCUCGUGUCACAGCAGUUUGGGACACAGUUGACGGAUAUUUAGAAGUUUACUGCACAUCCCAAGAUCAGAUCCAGCUUUGUGUCAAUGUCAUUCGAUCAUGUAUUAUAGAACAUACCGUAGCCUUAAAAAAAGCUGCCAAAACUGUGGUUAAUUCUGAAAAGUGGCAAACUAAAGUUGAUGAAUUGCAUGGAUACCAUGCAGGAAAAUGUUUUAUAAAAGUUUCUGAUGAUUCUUGUAAAGUUCAGAUUUGUGCAACAGACGACAUAGCCAAUGAAAUUUUAGAUAAUGUUAAAAUUUUCCUACGUCAAAACACAGUCGUUGAAGCCAAAGUUCCGUGCACAAAAAAUGUCCAUCGUCUGAUUGAGAGGCAUCACAAAAAUGAAAUUUCCAACAUAGCUAAGGGUUUGACAAAUUACAAUGUACAGAUAUCUUCAGUUGCAGAAUAUGGGGGUUUCGAAGUUCGUGGGACAGAAGAUGGCUUACAUCAAGCUGUGCAACAACUUCAUCAACUACUACUGAAAGUAAAACAGAAAGAACAUAUUAUGACUAAACCUGGUUUAAGUAAGCACAUGCAAACACCGAAAGGAAAAGACAACCUUAAUACUAUAGAGAGUAUGCACCAAUGUGUAGUGGCAGUGAAAGGUGAUAACGAUGAGGGUGAAAUAACUGACAAUCCGUAUGAUACAGUUCCUUUUGGUAGUGAUGUCAAGGAUAACAUUGGAGUAAAAGGAGUGAAGAUUGUGGCCUACAGUAAAGUGUAUGAUUGUAGAAAUGUAUAUACGAUGCUGGGGGAUAUGACAGAACUAACUGUGGAUAUGAUAGUGAAUUCAGCAGAUGAUAAACUUAGCUUGACUGGAGGACUAGGAAAUGCUAUUGUCAAGAAAGGUGGUAAGAAUAUCCAAAAAGAAUGUGCUGACUAUAUUAGAGAUAAUGAUAGGUUAGAUGACGGGGAUGCAUUUGUUAGUACUGCUGGAUCGCUUAAGGCAAGUGCUAUUGUACAUGUAAGAGGGCCGGUUUGGCGAGGUGGCAUGAAGCAGGAAGAUGAGAUGCUAACAGAUGCUAUAUUUAAAUGCCUGCAGCAGGCUACUACUAGAGAUCUGACAUCAGUUGCCAUACCUGCCUUAAGUUGUGGCACAUACGGAUACCCUGUGAGAAAGGCUACCACUGUAAUAGUGGCAGCUGUGAAGAACUUCUUCCGUGAAGUUCAAGAAAGCACUGUGACGGAUAUAUACUUGUGUGACAUGAAGUCAAAUACAGUUGAAGCAUUCAAUGAAGCUAUGAGCAAUGAAUUUGGUGCAACGAAUGUGAAGAAGUACAUUGACAAUCUGGAUUCAAUAAGGCAACCAUCUAGGAGAUUUUCAACAGGAGCUGACUCGGAUGAUGAAAAUCCCUAUAUUAAACCAUAUAUAUUGGACACAGACCAAGAGGAUGAUGACUACUACCAAAGCUCAAGUAAUUUGGCGCCACCUAGUGGAAAAGCACCACCUUUGCCAAAGGGUAGACCACCACAAAAAACAACUAAAAUAGGAAAUAUUUCCGUAUCUGUGGUAAAGGGAGAAAUUGCGAAACAAAAAGUUGAUGUAAUAGUGAACACUACGGCUAAAAAUUUGGAUUUGAAGAAUGGCGCUGUUUCUGCCUCCUUAUUGAAAACAGGUGGUAUGGAACUGCAGCAAGAAGUGACCAAAAAGUAUCCCAAUGGUAUAAAGGAUGGUGAAAUAGCUGUAACUUCUGGUCAGAGUCUUAGGUGUGAUAUUGUUGUACAUAGUUCUUUGGCAAACUGGGACGGGAAAAAAGAUGCUCAAUGUAAACAGGCAUUACAUAAACUUAUGAAAGACUGCAUGGACGAGGCCGAGAAUCAAGGCAAGACCAGUAUAGCUUUUCCAGCCAUUGGUACAGGUAACCUCGGAUUUCCGCGUGACAUCGUAGCAACUGAGAUGUUUUCAGCUGUGUCAAAGUUUUCCGAUAGUAACCCUUCAUCUAGUCUGCGUGAAGUCAGUUUCAUAGUUUAUCAAAAAGAUUUUCAAACUAUUCAGGCUUUUGAAAAUGAGGCGAGAAGAUGGUCAACAGGGAAAAGGGGCGCAACUGGAGGAAGAGAAGGCCGGCAAUAUGAUCUGUACCAAGAUUUACAAGGGAGAUUCCCUCGUAAACCAUCGGCUGGCUCCGAGAAUGAGGAUGAGGAGAACUUAUACGAGUCAUUGGAUGAUGUUGAUGGAUCUAAGAAUGAUGAUGGUGCAUACAAGUUUGGAAGUCUGAAAAUCUUGGUGCAACAAGGUGACAUCACAGCACAAAAUACAGAAUGUAUAGUUAAUAGCUCUAAUGAAGCGCUUGAUUUAAGUCGAGGUAAUGUCUCUCAGGCUAUUUUGAAGAAAGGAGGCCAAACUUUAGAAAAGGAAGUGAAUGACAAAAGAAAGAAAAUGAAAAAGGAACAUCUUGUUGUAACAUCAGCACCUGGAAUGAGUUGUCAGAAGAUCAUACAUGUUGUUGCUAAGGAAACAGCACAAGAGUGGCAAGACAUCAUAGAAAAAUGCCUUUUUAAGGCUGAUAAGGAACACAUGAAAGAUAUUGCUUUCCCUGCCCUAGGAACAGGAAUCCAGAUGGAUGCAUCAAUUAUAGCCACAACAAUGGCCAAAGCAAUAAUGAACUUUGCUAAAACUGAUCCUAAACACUUACAAGAGGUCAGAUUGGUGAUAUUUCAGAAACAAAUGGUGGAAGAUUUUGAUAAAGCUAUAUCAAAGGCAGGCAAACCUAAUGAAGGUUGGGGUGGCAAACUCGUAAGAAGUGUAAAAGACUGGUUUGGUGGUGGGGAACAAGAACAGACCAGCAGACAACAGACCAAGAAGAAACCUGCCAAGAACAAAGAUGCUAAUAAAGUUACAUUUAUCAUUCUGGCAAUGUCUGAGAAUAUCAUUGAACAAGCUAUAUCAAAGUUGGAAAGUUGUCUAGAUAAGGAAAUAACAUCUAGCAAUUUUAAUGAUAGUAUCAUAAAGAAUAUGAAUGAUCAACAGAUUAUGGAAAUAAAAAAUGUUGCAACGAAACAUCAUCUGGACAUAAAGGUGGAGUCCUCUAAAGGAAUCAUACAAAUAUCAGGAAUUUCUGCAAAUGUCAGUAAAGCUGCGGAUAAUAUACAUAGGAUUUUGCGACACGCUGUAACUGUCGAACAAGAAAGGAAAACAGCGGAUUUGAUGAUUAACCUAGUCCAGUGGAGUUACAUUGAAAAUGAGGACACUGGACAGACUUUGAAACCAUAUGAUAAAGAGCUGAAUUACAAGAUAGAGUCUGCUUACCUUUCAAAAGCUGAUUGCGUUAAAUUCAGGGCAGAUAAAAUUAACUAUGUUCUCGACUUUUCAAAAAUGGAGGAAUAUCCUGAAGAUGACCAAAAUGAUACUGUAACUGUGAUACGCAGGGAUCUCGUGAAACAGGGCGCAUUUGAAGCACCAGCACUUUGGGCAGAUAUGACUGGAAAUCUAAGAGUUGUUGUUUUACAGCCGACAUGUCCAGAGUAUACUGAUAUUGCACAAAAGUUCACUACUUCUUCUGGUGGCACUUUUACAGUUGUCAAGAUAGAGCGCAUUCAGAACAAGACCUUAUGGUCACAGUAUGCAGCAAAGAAAAAACAACUAGAGGAUCAGAAUCCACCUAAUACAACAAAUGAGAGAUUGUUAUGGCAUGGUACUGCUGUUGAAGCUGUUGAUAAAAUCAAUGCUCAUGGAUUUAACAGGAGUUAUUGUGGCAAAAAUGCAACCGUCUUUGGGGAUGGUGUUUACUUUGCUGUCAAUGCAAGUUAUUCAUGUAGUGAUACUUAUUCCCGGCCUGCAAGUGGUGUAAAGAGGAUGUAUUAUUGCCGUGUACUUACUGGAGAAUUUACCCAGGGUACCAGAGGAAUGCGUGUAGCACCUACAAAGGGUGGUACUGGUAGCACUGCUAUAUUCGACUCUGUUGUGGACAGACAAGCUACCCCAGGGAUGUUUAUUAUUUUCCAUGACACACAAGCCUAUCCGGAAUAUCUUAUAUCUUUUAAGCCAAAGUAAAUAACUGUUAUUUAUGACAUUACAGUGAUAUAUUUCAAUCAAUAUUGAACAGUUAGUUAUAUGUGUCGUACUAGUUAUAUGUGUCAUACUAGUGUCAGUGCCUUCGAUAAAUAGAAUUGAUAAGACUGUUAUUUAAUAUUUUACUUUUCCGUAUGUUCCUUGAAUAAAAAUGUUGAUACUGUUGAAUGUUACAUUUUUGUGUGAGUUUCUUUAUCAUUACAAAUCAAUAUGUGUAUAUUGAUGUGACAUUUUAUUAUUAAGUUAGUUAUUAAUUUAAGUUAUAUCAGUGCUCCUUGCCAAUUUAAUUGUUAUUGCUUUUUAUCAAUACAAAUUGAUAUACAAUUCUAUAAUUAUGACAUUUAAGUGUAUUAAGGACCUUCUUUAAUAUCAUACAACUUAAAAUUCUGCUAUAUAUAUUACAUCAGCUUAAAUUCUGUAAUCUAUAUGAAUUGUUACAUGAUAAUAUAUGUAAUUAUGUUGAAUAUUUUUUACAGAUUUCCUUCAUAUAUACUGUAUAUGUAACGUUUAUUUUCUUCUUAAUUGCAAAUUGGUUCCCUACUUGUUUCAGUGGUAAAGGUCUCCGACUUGAAAUCAUUUGCCCUCACUGCGGUGGUUUAAAAUUCCACCCGGGAUUCUUUUUUUGUGAGGAAGAUAACCAGCCAGGAUAUUGUGGUGUGGUGGUUUUAUUUGGCUGCCCUUUAAUGCCUGUAAUAAUUAAGGGUGGGACAUCUCCAUCAUAAAAGCUAGAAAUUCUCUCACUACAUUUAAAUUGUUCAGUGUUACAUAAACUUUAAAGCCAAAGAAACAAUGUAAAUUGCAGUCAAACUUGCUAUAUGUGACAUUAAUGUUAUUUCCUUCCCAAAUAUGAAUUGUUUUAUUGUUAUUUCAGCUAAUGAGUGCAUUUUUUUUAGUUAUAAAGAUAGGUAAUGUAAAGAGAAUUGAAAGGAACAUAAGGUUAUCUGAUUUGAAUGAAAGGGCUGAAGUCUAUUUGAUGUUCAUUCUCUUUUAUAUAUAGCCCAUUGAACAAAACACUUUCCAUGUCAUCAUGAUAUGUAAACCCUGGAAAAAUGUAACCAAUAUGCUAGCAUGUAAACAGUAAACAUGUAAACAUGAAAACUUAUGAAAUACCAAAAUUGAUUCUUAGUAGUAAAAACUUAUAUUUUUUGCUAAAUUUCAUUUGAUUUCAGAUACAUGUAAUAAACAUGAAAAUUUCAAUAAAACAUGGUUUGUAGACUCAUAAGGUUGCUUGCUUCCUUUUUAGCUCGACUAUUCGAAGAAUAUGAGAGCUAUUGUAGUCGACGUCAGCGUUCGCGUCUGUGUCUGCGUUGGUUAAAUUUUUUUGUAAAUUCAAAUAUCUCAAUUAUUGCUUGAGAUACUCAAUUGAAACUUACAAUACUUAUUUAUAGUAACAAUGUACAUCAGAUUGACAAGUUAGAUAACUCUGCCUACAAUAUUGACAGAAUUAUGCCCCUUUUUAACUUAGAAAUUUUGGUUAAAGUUUUUUUGUUAAGUCAAAUAUCUCAAUUAUUGCUUGAGAUAUUCAAUUGAAACUUACAAUACUUAUUUAUAGUAACAAUGUUCAUCAGAUUGACAAGUUGGAUAACUCUGCCUACAAUAUUGACAGAAUUAUGCCCCUUUUUAACUUAGAAAUCUUGGUUAAAGUUUUUUUGUAAAGUCAAAUACAUGUAUCUCAAUCAAGGCUACAGAUAACAUUUUGUGCAUAUUGGGUAAUUACCCUUUGUUUUGUGAUCUAUUUGGUUUUUUCUAUUUUCUUAGAGUUAUUUCUGUAUUUUUUACCCUACCCCUUCUAACCAAUUUGAGUUAUAAAGCACGAGUUCAUGUAUUUUACCCAAAAUUUCUGACCUUCAUUGUAGACUGUUGUAGGUUUUGUAUUGUUAUAAAAAAGCUACUUACUACUUUGCUUUAUGGUUUAUUGGCUUAGGAGAUUUCCAAGUUGCCUGAUAUAAUUUAAAGGUUAAAACAGUCUGAAACAGUAUGAUCUGCCUGAUGUACGCGUUGAGUAAUAAUUUACGUCAUUACGCACCAGUUCAAAUGUAGUUUGCAUAAGUAAGAAUUCAUUUACUUUUUCUUACCCUUAGUUAUUGUUUCUUUUGGGUUUUUAGACAUUUUAAUUGGGUAAUAACGCAAAUAUGCAUGUUAUCUGCAGCCCUGUCUCAAUUAUUGCUUGAGAUAUUCAAUUGAAAUUUACAAUACUUUUUUAUAGUAACAAUGUACAUCAGUUUGCAAAAUUGCAUAACUCUGCCUGCAAUAUUUGCAGAAUUAUCUGCCCCUUUUUAACUUAGAAAUUUUGGUUAAAGGUCUUCAAAGAUAUUUACUUGAAACUUUACACAUGUACUUACGGUCAUUCAUAAUUGGAGAGUCAUAAUUGUAUGUCACUGACCAAGUUCCAUAACUCUACUCGCAUUUAGGCUGAUUCAUCUCCCCUUUUCUACUUAGUCUCUUGGUUAAUGUUUACAUGCAAGUUUUACAUAUCUCAAUAACUAUUAAAGAUACUUAUUUAAAACUUCACAUAAUAUUAUGCAUUUAGAAUCAUAAUUGUAGGUCACUGACCAAGAUCCAUAAUUCUAUCUUGCAUUUAGGCUGAUUUUUCUCCCCUUUUAUAACUUAGAAAUUCAUGGUAAAGUUUUUCUUGUAAGCUGUUAUCUCCAUAACUACUAAAGAGUUUGUGCCUUUUUUUUGGGACAUUUUUAUGCAUUCAUAAUAAUAAAGCAGUGAUUUACUUGAUAAAACAUCUUAAUAACAAUCCUUUGUACCUUUUCGGUCAACUUUAUGUAUUCAUAGGUAAUUAGCAUUAUUAUACUCAAUAAAACACCCUUGUGACAAUUUUUGAAUAGUCGAGCCAAUACUGUCUUCCGUCAGCUCUUGUUUUUUUUUUGGUCUAAAUAGACAAUGCAGUUACUUGAGAGCAAACUUUUAUUACCUGCACACUUCAGUUAAUGCACUGUACUCCUAUGUGUAUACAAUUUUAUCAUGCACAAAUUUUAAAUAAAAUGGUCAUCCAGUUAUGAUAAAAAAAAGUUACAGACUUAAAGGAACUCCACCAAAGUCUUAAAAUAUAGCCUGAUAUCAUAAAAAUUCGAAAUUCUGUCAUAAAUCAACCUUUGCACUUAAUAUAGAAAACUUUGCAAUAGAUGAUAAUAUAAAAAUAUACUUGGUAUACUUGUAAAUCAACUGUUUUUGCAAUUUUUCCAGUGGAUUUGAGUGAAAAGCAUUACAAUGCUUUUCAAUUUGGGGUAAAUUUGCGCAAUGAAACUUAUUAUUAUUUAAUUAUCUUUGGAAAUUUUGGAGGUCAAGAGAAAAUAUCAGUCUUGAAAAAAAUAUAUUGAUCCCUUCAUGCCAGAAACCUCAGUGGAGUCCCUAUUAAAAAUGCCAUUCAGCACUGUUGAAUUUAAGCUGGCAAAAGUCAUUGAAUGCAUUUAAUUCAGUGGCUUUCUUAGAAGCCCAUGAUAGGUUUGGGAUUCUCGCUAAAUUAUCUCUUCUGUCUGUACUGGUUGGGGACCACCAAAACCGGACAACCACCAAACCCGGACGGCCCCGAUAAUGCUUGAUUUAGUUUUUUCUUUGUUCAGUGGUUGUCAGUCACUAUUUUAUCAACAAUAAGUGCAUGUUUCUUUUAAAAUUAAGUAAAUAAAAUUAUUUCAACCUCCGUCAAUGGUAAUAUUUUAAUGUCUACUUCAAGAAUAUUGACGUUGAAAUUUGGGGGUCAAGAAAACAAUGCCUGACCUCAUAUACCAGCUAUAAUCAUUUGCAGAGUGAAUAAUAGAAUAUCCAAAACUUCAGGAUUUGUUGCUGAAAUAUUGUGUAUCAUGUUAAAAAUAAAAAAUAAAAACACCCAAGCUUUUAUCUGAAAUAAAUCAUGUCAUGUACAUAUCUGUCCGGACACAUGGUACUGUAGUGUAGACAAUUUAGGUAAUUUUGAUUCCCUGUUUGUCGAGCCUCAGAUUAAGUGUCAAUACAAUCAGAAAUAAACAAACUAGUUUGUUAGUUAGGAGAAGAACCUAGCUGAACUGUGUCAAAUUUUUUGGUCUCUUGGUUAAAAAUGUUGCAAAAGUGUCCGGUUGAUGGUCUCCGACCAGUAAUGUUACAAUUAUUAAUUGCAUUAUACAUUGCAAUAUUUAUAGUUAUGAUUAAAUUACCCUUUUGGUCUGCCUCUGCCAGUAAAAGUUGAUAAGUAUUUUAUAUCCUUUAAAGUUAUGUUGUGACUUAAUUAUAAUUGAAUUAUAAUCAACUUACUACUUGUCUAUGCAUUAUUGCAAAAAAGACUCUACUAGGCUUCUUAAAUAUUUGAAUCUAAUGUUGAUAUGCAAUAUAUGUAUAGAUACAUGUAUAUUUGUUGUUACAAAUAAAGAUAGUGUAUUUAUUUUAUAUACAGAAUUAUGAUAAAUUUAUUUUGUUGUUAUUUCAUAGAAGCUAAAAUUGAUAAUGUAACUUUGUUCUGUAAGUGAUGCUUGAAAGUUUGAUAAUACUAUUAAUUUAAUCUAUUUUAUAUCAGUGCUCUUUGUGAAUUGUAUUAAGUAUUAAGCUUUAAGGAUCAAAAAAUGUCUCAGUGAUUUUUGUAUAUCAUAGUUUAGCAAAUAAAACUGGCACUAAAUUCAGCAGUUUAUAGUGAUCGACAGAGAAAACUGUCAUAGAUGUGAUGUAUGAUAUAAUAUUAAUAAACAUUAUGAUUUGA